AUGUCCGAACUUGAUGUUUUCGAAGACCUUCCAUAUGAUGACGAAGUAUAUAAUGAAGAAGAAGGACGUUCUGAUAUUCUUUUCGAAGAAGAACAACAAGAAAUUUACGAUACUAAUGAUUUUAUAUCAGGUCCAUAUAUAUCAGAGGAUACUGAAAUACCAGAAAAUAUUUUAGAAUUUAACCAUUCGUUUGGGUAUGAUUGUAAACGAUUUUUUAAUUUAAUUUGUCCUGAAGACAAUGUUUUAAUUUAUGCUUCUGGUAAUUUUAUAACUUUUUUUGAUGUUGAAGAAAAUUUAGUUUGGUUUCGUCGAAGUGCGUUUGGUGAAGGCAUUGGUCAUAUUUGUAAAAAUCCAAAUCCAAAUUAUCCACAUGUUGCUGUAGCCGAAAAUGGUGUAGCACCACCAAUUAUAAUUUAUGAGUGGCCAAGUUUUGAAAUUUUUGGAUUAUUAAAAGGUGGAUCAGCUCGACGAUACAGUCAUUUAGCUUACAGUCCUGAUGGUGAAUUAUUAUGUUCCCAAGGCGGUGAACCAGAUUAUUUGAUAACAAUUUGGAAUUGGAAAAAACGUCGGAUAAUGUUAAGAAUGAUGUCGUAUAUUAAUGAUAUCUAUAAUGUAGUCUUCUCCCCAACAGUUCCGGGGCAUUUAACAAGUGCAGGAAAUGGUCAUAUUAAAUUUUGGAAAAUGUGCCAAACGUUUACUGGAUUAAAGUUAAAAGGUCAAAUUGGGCGAUUUGGUAAAACAGAAAUAUCUGAUGUAAUUGGAUUGUACCCCAUGCCAGAUGAGAAAGUCUGCUCUGGAUGUGAAUGGGGAAAUAUAUUAAUUUGGGAUGAAGGUCUAAUUACAAAAGAAGUGACGCGUAAAUUAAAUAAACGUUGUCAUAAUGGUCCAAUUACCCAAUUUGAAUACAAUAAUGGAGAAUUAACGACUAUUGCAAUGGAUGGAUACGUUCGAAUUUGGUUUUAUGAGACAAUUGAAUUAGCAAAUCCACCUGAAGAGGCACGAUUUGUUGCGGUUGAACCUAAUUAUGAAUUUUAUAUUGAUGGGAAUGGUGGCAUUUUAAGAACAUUUAUCUCAACCGAAUUAGAAGAUGCAAAAACAGAAAGAUUACUCGUAUGCCAUGCUGGUGCCGUUGUGGGUGUAGCAAGUUGUCCACAUGGUCCAUAUAUCUGUAGUUUAGGAAUUGAUGGACGAAUAUUCUUUUAUAAUUACAGUAGGAAAAAAUUGUUGUUGGUAAAACAAUUAGUGGCUAAAGGUCGAAAAAUUUUGUGGUUACCUUUAUCAAUAGAUCCAACAGGAUCUUUAAUCGUUCUUGGAUUUGAUGAUGGAGUCCUUCGAAUAAUUUCAGUAUAUACUGACUUGAUCGAGAAAAGUGAUGAAAAUGCAAUAACUUUUAUUCAAAUUUAUAAACCCCAUACAAAAGCAAUAACGAAUAUAAGUUUAAAUUUAAAUGAAACCUUAUUGGUAACCACUGGUGAGGAUAAAACAUUAUUUAUAUUUUACAUACAGCGUGAUGACGAAUAUCCAAAAUUAGUCCCGAUAGGAUUCAUAAAUUUACCAGAAGCAAGUACAUAUUUAACUUGGAAUCCAAAACAGCCACAAACAGUUUUGGUAGUAUGUAACAAUGGUGAUUUCAUUGAAGCGGAUUUACCACUUGAACCGUUACCCGAAGAAACUGAAGUGUCAUAUUUACUUAAGAAAGUUCAAAUACGACAAAAUAAAUUUGUAUCGGUAAAAUCAAUGAUGUUGCGUAAUAAAUUAAUAGCAGAAUUACAACAUAAAAAGGAAUUAAAAUUAGAGCAAAAACGUCAAGAAUUAGAAAAAUUACGAAGAGAAAAUCCUGGAGUUAAAUUUGAUGAAGCUGAAUAUUUGGCGGAUUCGGAAGAAGAUCCAGAAUUACCAGAAUUAUAUAUUCCUCCACCACAUCCCAUACUAUUUGCAAUGUAUACGCCAGAAAAUACUAUAUGGCUGUCUAUGGGUGAUUAUGAUAUGGGUUACAUUUAUGAAUAUACAACUGAAUCGAAAGGACCAGUCAGAACUACUUUGAUUCCUGAUUGCGAACAUGAAGAAUUAAUUUCAUAUAUCUUUGACCCAAUGAAACAAUAUUUAAUAAUUGCUAAACGAAAUGGUCAAAUUCGAAUAAACACAUUCAAAUAUGACAACUUUAGAGAUUUGAAUGACUAUUGGCUAUUAUCGAUGCAUGAUAACUACAAUGGAAUUAUAACACAAAUGUGUUUUAGCUACGAUUAUCGAAAUUUUUUCACAUGUGGUGAAGACGGAAAUAUUUUUUCAUACAACUUUAAUCCGCCAUAUGAAUUUGAAAAGGUUGAAGUACCCGAAAUAGUAAAAAUAAAAGAUUUAGUUUCGAAAAGUGUUGAAGAUAUAACGGAUCGUGAAUUUUUAAGUUUAGAACAAGCAAAAAAUCUGGCUGACCAUAACAAACGUAUGGCAAUAGCAGAUUCACGAAAGCAAAAAGUUUUGAGAGAAUUGCGUGUAAUGGCUGUAUCAUUUCGAAAAUUACUUCAAAAAAAUAAACAAUUAUUACCAAGUCAAAUGAUUCCUCAUGAGGAAUUUUUAUUAGAUGAUCGAAUUACGGAAGAUUUAAAUCAACGUUUAUCAGCUGAAGUGGCCCUAGUAAAUCGAAAACUAGCAUUUGAUGUUGAAAAAUCUCGUAUUAAAUACGAAAAAUUAAUGAAUUAUUUUAUUGAUCCAACCGAUUAUUUUCCAUUUACAAUAUCAGCUCUAAGAACUGAAGCAAAAAUUCAUAUUUGUCGUCAUAGAAUUAUAACGAAGGACUUUUUCGACGCGAGAGAAUUGUUAUUGAGAAAAAUCGCAGAGGAUGAAACCCGUAAAAGGAAACCUAAAAUUGAUAUAGGCGAUGAAGGCCCACCUCCGGUUACGACAAAAACAGUCACUACUAUAGAAUCAUUCCUAAUGGGUUUAUCACCAUCAACAAUUGAAUUUCGUUUAACAGCAAAAAUCAAUCGAUUACUAAGACAAUAUCGUAAUCGAAGAGCACAAAUGGAGUCUCGUAAGAGAGAGUGGGAUUAUUUGAAUGCAAGAAAACCAAUACCAGGUGUCAAUCAUCCGGAUGAUGAAAAAGCAAUUAAAGAUGCCGAAGCAAUGAUUGGUGAUUUCAAAUUGAAAUCAGCCAUUGAUUAUAAGCCACCGGCCGAUCGAAAAGAUACAACAUUAUCAAAAUAUACACAAUUAUUAAAUACAAGAGAAGACCUACACAAUCAACGACGGAAUUAUAAUAACAAACUUGUAGCGUUACGCGAAGAAAAAAUUCGCUUAAUUGAAAAACUAAAAGAAAUGGCAGAAAAAGUAAGGCAAAUACAUAAUGAAAUUCCAGAAGACAAACGACAAUCAUUUCCAAAAUUUCCCGAAGUUGAUAUGAAUGAAUUUCCCGAACGAUUAUUUGAAGUUAAUGUGAAUCCAGACGAUUUUGAUGAGUCCCGUUCAAAAGUAAGAAAACCACAAUUUGAUAAACCAUCGCUUGUAAUUAAUCCAUCAGAUUAUGUAAUACAAUUGUUGGGACUAUAUUACGAUGAAACUGACAAAAAACAAUGGUUUAAAACUAGAAUUUUAGAUACUGAUUCAUCCACGAUAGAUAAAAGUCAAUUAUCUAGCGUAAGUGCUUUAGAUAUUACAAAAUUAAAAAGUUUGUGCGAACAUGAAAAAGAUGAUACACCGUGGGAAGCAGAGCUUCGAGAAAUUCGUUUAAUUAGUAAAAUUUUUGAACAAGAUCAAAUAAUCCGAGAAGCUCGAUUAAAAAUCAAAACAUUUGAUGAAGAUUUGGAAGGUUUAAUUAAAGAACGUUUAUUAUUAAAUGUUGAUCUGCUGUUUAAAGAACAUUAUUCACUCGGAUUGAUACAAGAACUAAUAAUUCUCAAAGAAUUUGAAGCAAUUGAAAAUUCACUUGAAGAGAAAAUUAAUGAUAUUUUAGAUGAAUUGUAUGAAAAGAAACGCUUAUCAAAUCACUUAAAAACAUCAACGGAAAUCAGUAGCCGUAAUAUUGUAGAAAGUACGGAAAGGAUCAAAGAAAUUCAAGCGCAAUUUCAAAUGGCUAGUCAUGAAAAUCGAUUUUUGUCGUUUCUGAAACGUAUUUUUAAAAGGAAAUAUAAACCGCCAAAAAUAAAAUCAGAAGAUGAUGAAGAAGAAGAAUCUUCAUCCGAUAGUGAUGACCCAAGUGAAAGUGAUGAAGAUGCAAGUCUUACAUCCGAACAAUUGAUGAUUUUAAAAUUAGAUGAAAAGGUUUGCCCACCUGAGCUAGAACCACCAACUUUGUUUGAUUUAACUUACCAGUUACGUGGUGAACGACAUUCACAUGAACAAAGAAUUAUUGAAGAAACUAAAAAUAUUGAAUCAUAUAAACGUCAAAUUGAAACAACAAGAAAAGAAAUCCUUAGGAUUGAUGCAAAAUUAAAAGUGGUACAAGAUGAAUUAGAUAAAUAUCAGAGAGAAAAACAACGGCGUUUAAAUGAGGUUGAAUGUUUGUUGGUGUUGAAAUUAAAUCAAAUAAGAAAUUUUACACCAGAUGGAAAAAUUUCCCAUUUGCGUGAUAGCUUAUUAUUUAAUAAAGAAACACUUGAAAGUUUGGAUCGUCGAAUAGCUGAAUUAAAAAAUGAAACUUUAGAACAGAAAGCUAAGCAUAGAAAGAAUAUAGUCCAUUUACAAAGAAUGAAAGCAGACUGUAAAUAUAUGGACACAGUGAUAAGUGAUUUAAAUGCAGAAAUUAAAAAAACCAUGAAAGUUAGAUUUGGCAGCGUCGUUGAUAUCGAAGAUCUAGAAAAAUCAGUGCUACGAAAAUUAGUACAUGAUUUAAAGGUAUCUAUGAUAUCUGUUCGUCAAGAACAAGAACGUGAAUUAUCACAAUGGAAAGAAAAAAUUUCAAAAAAAGAAGUAGAAUUAGCAAAAGCGAUUCAAGAAAAUACCGAAAAAUUAAAUUUAGUUGUUGUGCUUGAAGAAGAGAAAAAUAAUUUACAUGAAAUUCUGAAACUGCAAGCUAAAAGAGAAAAAAGUCUAACUGAAAUAGAUGAUAGUAAAACUCUUCAGGAAGAUUUAAAUAAAUUAACUCGAAUUGCUAAAACACAAGAUUUACAAAUGCAGGCAUUAAAGGAUGAAAUAAAUAUCUUAAAAAUGAAAUGUCCUAGUCCGAAACCGGAACGUGAAUUAGAACCAUCAGAGACAGACAGGUCUACUCCGGCUAGUGCUCCAGAGAAAGGUGAUGCACCUUCAAUCAUCGAUGAAGUAUUCAAUUCAGCACCAGUCGAGUUACAAACACGAAACACAGAAUUAAUGAAAUCUUUAAUUGCUGAAUUUAUUGGUUUUGUUUAUAAAAACAUACCACAGCAGGCAAAAGCUGAUAAAUUUAUUAAAGAGCACGUUACGAAAAUAUUCGAAGUGAAUCUUGAAGAAACAACUGAUAGUUUUAUGAUCAUUAAUCAGAAGACACAUUGA